GCUAUACAGGUACUCGAAUAGCUAAUUAUUUCAUGUAUGAGUAAUAAUUGAUUAGGCUACCUACCUACUUAAGCUGCAGUUUUUUUUUUUACCAAACCGGUGAGAGGUGGAAACUCGCUUAACGUGUUUUCUACUCGUCACGUUUGAAUGAAGCAAACCGACUAAGCCACCGUCGUCGUAAUUAUGGGUCACUGUUGCUCACAUUCUACUCAAAUCUCCGUAAAACUGUGACUGUCAGUGCUGCACGAAUAAAUACACGUAUAUGCUAUGGCUCCGACACUAAGCAAAUACGUGUCUCAGAAAAAUGCAUUGAUCGGUGGUGCUGUUGCCGGAGUUCCUAUACUUGUUUAUCUACUAAAGAAAUAUGCAGCCACCGGAAGACCGUCUAACCGAAGGACAACACCUCAGAGUGAUAUCAAAUACCUUAUAGUCGAUAAAACAACUGCAGCAAAGAAUACCAAUAGGGCACAUGUCGAUUGGCGUUUUAUUAAGCAGUUAUGUCGAAUACUAAAAAUCACCAUUCCUGGGGUUAUGUCGGCCGAAUUCGGAUUCCUUGUUCUUGUGGCUGUUUCAUUAGCUGCCAGAUCAUUUAGUGAUAUAUGGAUGAUUCAAAAUGGUACUAAUAUUGAAACGGCCAUAGUAAAUAACGAUAAACAAUUAUUUAUAAAACGUUUAAUGUACUUCUUUGCUGGAAUGCCAAUUAUUUCCAUAGUCAAUAAUGUUUUGAAGUGGAGCAUUGGAGAAUUAAAACUUAGGCUUAGAACUAGACUGACACAUCAUUUGUAUGAAGAUUAUUUAAGAGGUUACACAUAUUACAAAAUGAAUAACUUGGACACUCGGAUAUCAAAUCCUGAUCAACUUCUUACAGCCGACGUCGAUAAGUUUUGUGAAAUGUUCACUGAUCUUUAUUCGAAUGUCUGUAAACCUUUUUUGGAUAUUGUGAUUUAUGUAUAUAAACUAACAAGAACAUUAGGAUUCCAAACACCUACUGUUAUGUUGGGUUACUUAGUUGUAUCUGGAAGUAUUCUCACAUAUCUCCGUAGACCAACUGGACGGAUGACUGUUGUAGAGCAAAAAUUGGAAGGGGAGUAUCGAUAUAUUAAUUCAAGACUAAUUGCCAAUUCGGAAGAAAUAGCUUUUUACAAUGGCAACAAUAGAGAAAAACUUAUUAUGCUGAGUGCAUUUAAUAAAUUAACAAGUCAUUUAAGAAAAUUUUUAGAAUUCAAAGUUUUCAUGGGUGUAAUUGAUAACAUAAUUGGAAAAUAUAUCGCUACUGUUGUUGGAUUUUAUGCCGUCAGUUUACCAUUCAUUGACUCUAAUUCGCCUCUAUCAAAACUUUCAAAGGAUGAACGGUUCCGAAAUUACUACACUAUGGGUCGAAUGUUGGUCAAAUUGGCUGAAGCUAUCGGUCGUCUAGUAUUGGCCGGUCGAGACAUGACACGCUUAGCAGGAUUUACGGCGCGAGUUACUGAAAUAAUGACUGUACUUGACGAUCUCAACAAGGGCAAAUAUACACGCACCAUGUUGACAGAUAGUGAAGUACAGAAUAAAAAGAGUCUAGUGCCAAAUUCGGGCCGCAUUAUUACCAAAGAUAACAUAAUUAAGUUUGACAAAGUACCAUUAGUAACGCCUAAUGGGGACGUACUUAUAGAAGAAUUAUCAUUUGAAGUAACAUCAGGAAUGAAUGUCUUAGUGUGUGGACCAAAUGGCUGUGGAAAGUCAUCUUUGUUUAGAAUUCUUGGCGAGCUGUGGCCAAUGUUUGGAGGUUCAUUAACAAAACCCCCUAGAGGAAAACUGUUUUAUAUUCCACAAAGGCCGUAUAUGACUUUGGGUACACUUAGAGACCAAGUCACGUAUCCACAUACAAAGGAAGAAAUGCAGAGGCGUGGUAAAUCUGAUGCAGAUCUUGCAAUGCACUUGGAACGGGUGCAACUGUCAUAUUUAUUACAGAGAGAUCAGGGUUGGGAUACGGUGGCCGACUGGAUGGACAUCUUGUCCGGUGGUGAAAAACAGCGAAUUGCAAUGGCUAGAUUAUUUUACCAUAAGCCACAGUUCGCUAUUUUAGAUGAAUGCACCAGUGCCGUCAGUGUGGAUGUUGAGGGUUCCAUGUACCAAUAUUGUCGAGAAUGUGGCAUAUCUCUUUUUACCGUUAGUCAUCGUAAAUCAUUAUGGAAACAUCAUGAUUUUUACUUACAAAUGGAUGGUCGAGGAACGUUCCAAUUCAAUAAGAUCGAUUCGUCAACUGAAGAAUUUGGUUCUUAGAUUUAUCGUUAAAUUGUCAUUAUUUUUACAUAUUAUAAUAAUAUUAUGUGGUUCAUUCUUGCCUGACACUUUGUAUUGAGUUGUUAUAUGUACGUCUUGGUGUUUUUAUUUACUAUACCAUUAAUAUAGUUGUAAGUUAAGAAAUUUUGAAUUAUUAUUGUUUUUAUGAAUUUUUUUAUUAUAUUAUUAUUAUUACACUUUUUUACCAGCCGGGAAAAUUUGAAAAUUGAUGACAAUUUUGUUUUUCAAUAAAUAUAAAAUAAUAAUUAUAAUAAAAAAAAGGUACCGUAUGA